ACUAGGCACAGCCAUAUGGACAAUAAGCGUCAUUUUGUUUGUGCUGUGUCGUAUGGAAGUUAAUAGAAUACAGGAAAGUACACACGAUGCUCAUCUGGAUGUUUAUACUUUGGCUUGGAGAUAACGUUAAAGGGACCCCUCCAGUUUCUUCACACAAUGAAUUCGGUGAGCUGACAUUGUUUCAACCAGCAUUUGUUGGAGGGAAUGUGACCUUCAGAUUAACCCCGUCAGUGCCAAUUACAGCAGUAACAUGGCAAUGUUUGAUACCCGGGAACCCAGUUAUUCAGAACUUUAACACAGAUGAAGUUGCUGUGCGAAAAGUUGGAGAAACGUUUUUGCUGGUCAUAAAAGAUGUGGACAAAAGUCUCAAUGGGACUUACGUAUUUGCUACAUUUUUACAUCAUGAAAAUAUUUCAUUAGUGGCGGAACUGAAUUUAAGAGAGGCGCUUGGUUGUGGUGAACUUAACCUUCUCUCAGACGAACCAUUUGUGGUGGGCGAUGUUGUCAGAUUUGGGUAUUUUCCCUCGCCAGAGGUGAUUAGAGGGAACUACGCUAUGGAAAUGAUAAAGAGCACAAAUCUUUUAAAAAUUCCAACACCAUUAAACCGUUUGAAGCUUCAACUCGAAGGAAACGAAUAUAAAGCUGUAUUGUUGAAUGUUAGCAUGGCUGACAGUGGUGUUUAUCGUAUACAAUGUGUUGACGGGUUUUCCACGAACUUUUCAAAUCCCAUCAUGCUGAUCAUUGAAGGUGUACCAGUAAUUGGUCCGUUAACCAGCAUUUCCUCAUGCAGAAAAUGCAUCGUUUUCAAAAUGGGCGAUACACUUAGAAAACUAUUUUGUGAACGGAAUGGAAGUCCCGAUAUCGCUGGGGUCAAUUUUACAAUUGGGUCGAAUGUUAUUAAUUCGUUUAAUGCGUACACACUGUCACCUUCAAAAUUUGGUUUAGAUUCUCAUUCCAAACCAAAUGAUUCCUACCACCUCAUGACAGCUAAGUGUACUUUCUGGAUACUUAACAGAACUUUGUCAGCGGAAGCGACAAUCUACAUCGUAGUUCCACCAGAAGACCCUCCGAAGCUUCAGUCAACAUCUGUUCUGAAAGGCGAAACUAUUGAUAUCACCUGUACCUCACCUGUUGCGAGACCAGCACCACAACUGGAAAUAGUUGUUAUAGGGAAACCUUCAACAAUUGUUUCUACAAACUUGUCAAUUUUUGAUAUUUCAAAAGGACUUUACAGAUCCAUUGCAAAACACUCAUCCCCCAGCAGUCAGUGGGAAAACAAGAAGUUGUUGUGUUGGCAGUCGGCCGGCGAUGAGGGCUUAUAUAAUUCAAGCCACUCAAACGAUUUACUUAUUGAAUAUAUAUAUUCACCAUCGGGUGUUUACUUGUCGUACUCGAUACCUAUGCGCAUGCGCGAAGAAAUGGUUGUCACCUGCAGUGCUUUUACUGCUCACCAUGUGUGCACAUUGCACUGGGAGUUUGAAAGGGAGGACAUUACAUUCUCUGUUGUUUCAAAGGAAUAUGUUAACAAAACAUAUAGUGAAAGUAUAGCCUUUAACGUAUCAGAGUUGGACUUCAAAAGGUCUCUUUACUGCAGCGUAAAAUGCUCCAAGAUGGUUUUAACAAACUCGACAGUUUUGUUAUUCCCUCAGAAACCAACAGUUUACAUCAAAGAAACAAGGCCGGUACCACAUUACAACAUAGUUUAUCUUAACUGUUUGUCCGUGGGAUAUCCGGACAGUAACAUCACGUGGGAAAUGGUUGACCCUCUAAAUGGCAACACAGUUGAGGUGUUGGACAUGUGUGAUACGCCAACGUGUACCUUGAAAAUUGUUUCAAGCUCCAUAGAUCUGGUAUACAACUGUGUUGCCCAGAACGAGUUUGGUCGAGCAAACAAAACAACGAGAAUUGUUGUGUCACAAGAAAAUGAUGGAAAUAUAGAAGAUGUUGCGAGUAAACAUGCCUUUCCGGUUUGGAUAGUGGCGACUGUCGUGGCUAGUGUUGUGUUCGGAUUUCUUGUUAUUCUCCUCAUUUAUUGCUGUGUAAAAAGGAGGAAUCGCACCGGAACCGCACAAGUUCAGCAUGAAGACAAUCAAUUACAGCCGCCUUAUACAAAUAGCAUAAUUGAGGGCGAAGAAAACACAUAUAAUGAGGUCGAUGAUGAAAGGGUCGCAAUGCAGCAACUACCAUCCACGUACGGGAGUGAAACUGGCAGUGAAUAUAUCCGGCACAAACGAGAUACCACCAGUAAUCAAUACGAUACAAUACAGGAAACCACGUAUAUGUCGAGAAAUGUCUCCAUGAGUGAGACACCAUGUCCUCAAUUGCCGAAAAGCCCUGAAGGGAGCUCCUCUCAACCGAGAACCAGCGAGGACUACUUACACGUAGUUUACCAACCUAUGUCCCCAGUGCAAGGGAAAUAAAGAUUUUAAAGAGGAUGAGAAUUAUUCACCAACAGCACAUGGCAUGAACUCUAAUCAAAAUAACGUUUAGCGUUUUGUCUAUUUAAAAGUCUGUCUGGUACGGUUGCAGUUUAAUACGGUUAUCGUGAUGACGUCAUUGCUUGUGUGACACUGGUGACAAUAUAUAGCAACGUCGGUGCUUACAGAUGUCAAAUAUUAUGACUUGAUGAUAUAGGAUUCAGUGCAGUCUUAAUGAAAAAUAGUUCAAGUUUGUUCUCGAUAUCGACAGCACUCAUGUAUAUAUCCAUUUCCGGAUUUCAAAAGAAUCUGGGCUGGUAGUCAACAUUGGUCUGAAUUGGAUCUAAAAACGAUGUACAUAUAAACCUAGUCGGAUAACUUGUUAUGAAUAACUUGCCAAUAAAGUGA